CCUUAAAACGCAGCUCUGACAGACUGUACAUACACAUUUCCUGAAAACGCCCCGUGCAAGAGAAAAGCAGCGAACUCCAGUGACUCUGAAUUAUAAUAACAAGGCUGCGCUGUUUAUCCAGAGGUGGGGGUUGGACAUAGGCUCAAUCAUACGCCAAACUUUUUCGAAGUCUCCCUUUCCUCCCCCCAGGUCUCAGAGCUGAGCAGCAUUCGGUCUACGGGCUCACUCUCGCCGCACCGCCGACCAAGGUCAGUGGCAGUGACCGCCCACGGGAGUUGUCAGCGGGGCAGCAAACCCGCGCGGACCCCGGCUGUUUUUUUUUUGUUGUUUUUUUUAACAUGGGACUUUGACUCACUGGCUGAACAAACUACGGACCGCCGACUGUCUGUCGCCGUAUGGAAGGAAGAAGCCUCUGUAGCGAAGGAGUGAAUGAGCCGCACAAACAUUAGCCUAACGUCAAGUUUUUGAGCAUUAAACGAAGUGACACCAUGUUGGGAAACUCUUACGCUAACAAGAAGAGGAAGAAGCCUGCUCCCAGACAAAAGAAGCCCACUGAAGGUAAUGAAGUCGUUAAAUCAAACCCUUCGAAGCGCCACAGGGAUCGGCUGAACGGGGAGCUGGACCGGCUGACGGACCUCCUGCCCUUUUCUGAGGAGAUUCGCUCUCGUCUGGACAAACUGUCGGUCCUUCGCCUCAGCGUGGGAUACCUGAGGGUCAAGAGCUACUUCAAAGCGACCAUGAAGAACAGCAACAGCAGUCUGAUGUUUCCCGGACUGAACCGGCAGAACGGGGACAAGACGGACGUUGCAGGCUUCUCUGAGGGGGAUCUGCUGCUCCAGGCGCUGAACGGGUUUGUGAUAGUGGUCACGUCAGAGGGAUCUGUGUUUUAUGUCUCUCCCACAAUCAAGGACUACCUGGGCUUUCAUCAGUCGGACGUGGUUCAUCAGAGUGUGUUUGAGCUCAUCCAUACUGACGACAGGGCCAUGUUCAGACAGCAGCUUCACUUUGCUCUAAACCCCCCAGCGGCUGCCGACGGCACAGAUGCCCUGCAGGCUUGUGGUAAUGCAGUGAUGUACAGUCCUGAGCAGCUUCCCCCAGAGAACUCUUCCUUCCUGGAGAGGAGCUUUGUGUGUCGCUUCCGCUGCCUCCUGGACAACUCCUCUGGCUUUCUGGCUCUGAAGUUCCAGGGGCGACUGAAGUACCUCCAUGGCCAGAGGGACAACGGGGCAUGUAACAAACUUCAGCUGGGUCUUUUCAGCAUUGCUAUGCCUGUCCAGCCUCCAGCCAUUGUGGAGAUCAGAGCUAAAAUGCUCCUCUUUCAAAGCAAGCACAAGCUGGACUUCACACCCAUGGGCAUCGAUAGCAGGGGGAAGGUUAUUCUGGGCUAUUCAGAGAUUGAACUGUGUAUGAAAGGCUCUGGCUACCAGUUUAUCCAUGCAGCUGAUAUGAUGUACUGCGCCGACAACCACAUCCGCAUGAUUAAAACGGGAGAGAGCGGUCUGACUGUUUUCAGGCUCCUGAGUAAGUCGGGUGGCUGGGUGUGGGUGAAGGCCAACGCCAAGCUAUUCUACAAAGAUGGAAGACCUGAAUUCAUCAUCGCAUAUCAGAGAGCUUUAGUAAACGCCGAGGGGGAGGAAUACCUGCGUCAGAGGAGGCUGCAGCUUCCCUUCAGUUUGACCACAGGAGAGGCCGUCCUGUACAACACCGGCCCCACGGUGGACAUCGCAGAGUUUCAGUUCAACAAAAUGUUUAGUAACAGUGACGAACACCAGGAUGUGACGCCUGGCUCUUUGGUGGACUGCUUCAUGAGACAGGACGAAACAGUCUACACCCAGCCAGUGGACCCUCCUUUGCCUGUGGAUCAGGUGUUCAUGGACAGCCGGGCCCUGGUCAGCGUUCCCAGUGACACCUGGCAGGAAAACGGGCCUACGACAGCCACAACAAGUGCCCCUGCUAUAGUGAAAGAGGAGGCCAAACAGUCAGUGAUGACUGUGAUCGACAACCUGGAGAAAAUGGUUCAAAAUGGCGACUUCUGUACGGUGCUGCAGAAUCUGGACGUUGGUAAUACAGAGCUGAUGGAGUGGGAAAAUACCCUGAAGAGAUUGAGUCAGGAGGAGGGUCAGCAGAACAAUGUCAGUUCUGAGCUGGACAGCAUCCUCUCUAAUGACAUAUUUGACUACAUUGAUAAUGUUUUGUUCAAGGACAAGGGAUUAGAUUGUAUGAGCAGCAGCCCCCCCAGCUGUCUUACAGCAGCCAACAAUGACCAGCAGGGCCCCUUCACUCAGGCUGCCCGGCUCUCAGCCACUGACCCACAGUUGUUUCAGACACCGAGCCCUGAUCCUCCUUACCCGCCAAUGAAUGGUAUGUACGCUCACCAGCAGGAUACAAUGAAUGGGCCGAUGAUUACAGGGCAAAGCUUAAUAGACUCUGCUCAGAUAUUCAGCAGCAGCCAGAAACUGUCCCACACUGACACCAACCUGCCCCCUCUCCAGCAUCUGCAGCUGCAGGACAUUUUCAGCCCAUCGAUAGAGCUCCCAGAGCUCACCCUCCCUGACGCCUCAGCUCAUGCCUCGGCCCCUUUUCAAUGCUGCGGGCAGCCGUCUAUCAGCCACAUGGGCUGCCCUCAGGGGAUUUCUGGACAGACACAGUCGGGCCAACGGCUGAUGUGUCCACAGAACACUUUGCAAGCUCCUGCAAUGGCAGCAAAUGGACAGCUGCAGAGCUCUGUUAAACAACCAAACAAUGUAGCACCCAGCAUAGUAGACCUGUUGCCACCCCUGAUUCCUUGCAAUGACUUUAAUUCCUCUAAUAUUCCCAUCCCUUUUGCCACAGCAUGUCUGCAAGAAAGCCCCUCUUUGGAAGCACAUAACCACCAGGUCCAGCAGUGGCCACAGAGCCAGCCGCAGAAGCUGCCGCACGCUGGCAUCGUGCAGAACGGACAUGAGCUGAUGCCAGCAUGCCACAGCCAGACUUCAGAAAGCCAAACAUUCCCACGUGCUGGCCUUUGGCCAAGGAGUGUCACCGGACUGAACCACUCUCAGCAGGGAGGGUUGGCAUGCGGCCAGGAAGUUACUCACAGCAGCUGCAUGUUCAACCAGCACUUUUCUUCCAACCCGGCAGGAGGUGACGUCCUGGCUCUCUCAGGGUCUUCGGGCAUGAGGGGGGCUGAGAUGUCUCUGGAUCAGAGUCCCCCUCAAGGUUCCUGCUACUUCCAGUGGAGCCACAGCGAGCCUGUGGUGGGCACAUCAGCCAUCAACCAGGAGAACGCCAAAAUCAGCCCUCUGACUGCCCCGCCCUGCAUGUCCUCGUCAGAGCACACAUUCAGCAUUCAGCACUACCUGGACUGCCACAGACAGACACAAGUAAACAUGUCCCACUGUGGGCUGGAUACCAGCAAGAAAGUUAUAACAGGAAAUGAAAAAUGAAAGGAGAAAAUGAAUGAGAAAUCAUUAUUUUCAGGCCAUAAUUCAAUGUAUUUUCAAUCUUAACCAUUUUCUUUUGUUUCCCCCAAAUCAAUCAGUUAAUUGUUGAUAUAAAGUAACAAAUGCCAUUUGCUGUUUCCAAGGGCCUAAAGUGACAUAUUCAAGUAGCUUGUUUUGUCAGACCUUUCAAAACCCAAAAGAUGUACUAUUUACUGUGAUAUGAAACACAAAAAGUGGCACAUUCUUUGAGAAGCUAGAAUCACAAAAUCUUUUUGGAUUAUCAAAACAAUCGGUUACUUGACUAAUUGUUUUAGCACUAAUUCAGUGUAAUAAAGACAAGAAAAUUAAAAGCACACAGAAAUGUUUAAAAAA